AUGAACGACCCACAAACGUUCAAUAUCAUCAAUCCUAAUCGUGGUUCACAUCAAAUUUAUUAUGAAAGAGUAGACUCGCGUUCAAUUUGGCGAAGCUGUCUACAAUAUCGUCCCCGUAUCAAGGAUUUGAAAGUCUUGAAUCCUUUUCGUGUUAAAAUACGUCAAAUGCCACGUUUUCUACAAAAGCUGCGUUGUCGUAGCCCUGGUGGUGUUCGUAGCAAACAAGCACCAUUUUUCAGCGACACCAGGAAGGGUUCUCAACGUCCUCCUAUAUCCAUUAAGGCCGCGCGGACAUCAGGCGCCGAAGACCAAACUCUCUCGCAGAACCCACUCUUACCUGUACAGCUAACCCCUGAGAUUCUCGACCAAGCUCCCCAAGAGGUAUCUGUCAAGACUUCAAACCGUGAGACAAUAGUCGGCAAGCCUGCAAUAGAGAGAGUUCCGUCUCCGGUAUAUAAUGCGAACUAUGGUCCAUAUCAACCAUACAUACCAUCAAACCUGAACCACGAUAUUGGUAUGGCCAUAACCACAUCACAAACAAUAUUGAAUUAUUCAAGCCCCCAACGAGACACUCAAAUCGACAACGCCCAACAGAGAAGCGACGGAGAAAACCAUGAUAGUUUUAGAUUCAAUGGUACGUCUUCUUGGGGGGCUUUGCAGAUUGACGAGGAAGCAAAAUGCACAGAACUUGUAGACAUAUCUACAUUAGUGCCACCAAAUCCUCAGCCGAAAAGGAAACUCGUUACCCGCAGGAUUCCAGCAGAUGAAGUUGAGCAUCAUCCUUUGCCACAUUCAGCUUCGACAAAGAACUUGGUUCAAUUAUUGGAGGUUGAGGCUUCUCGACAGGAGCAGGAGAAGGAAGAAAUGGAAAAGGGAAAUUUACGAGGACCUAGAACACCAAGGGAUUCUAGAAGAUGUGGACAAGUUUGGAAUAGCGAGGAAACAAGGAAGAGUUUCCUUGCGAUAGAAGCACUUGAUGCACUCGCUGUAGGAUUGAGACUCACUUGA